CGAACUGUCUGGGGUUCGUUCCUACUCCCUUCCUUAAAACAAUAAUACAGUUAUAUAUACUAUAAAUGUGUAUAUUAUCUACCAGUGCUACCCGAAAAUUAGUCGGAAACGUGUGAGCGAUAACAAGGCUGUAAUGGCCAAACAUAAGUGAACAGUGAAGUCACCAGGUAAACGCAAAACCUAAGUUCAAGUAGCGGCGGCGGCGUAAUCAUUUGGCCGGUCGGGUGACCGAGCCUCCUCGGUGUUUGCUGUUGGAAGCCGGCUACAUGCAGGCCGAGUUUCGGCCGCCCCGGCGCCGCUGCCGGGUGUACGAGGAGUACGUGGCGCCCCUGCCCGUCAGGAGCCGUAGCUCCCCGGAGAAGGGAAGCGCGUCGAGGCCGACGAGGAGCUAUUUCCGAGCAGACAUCGUCAACGGGCACGUGCUGGUCACGGAUCCAGACCACAUCAGCGACAUUUACAACCAGGGGUAUUUCGGGAAAGGCAUCCUGUCCCGAGCGAGACCCGAGUACACCAUCUUCAACCAGUGGCGGGAUCACCAAGGCUUCCUACUUCCUGUUGUCACAUGCACGAGGUACGAGGAGCUGCUCGGGUGGGCCGAGUCAGCGCUCUUGGCUCAGGGCUCAGCUCGGGAGUCUGUCGACGAAACUCUGUUACGACUACGACAGCCCGUUGGAGAAGACGAGCUGGGGCGGCUAUCGGAGAACGGGAACGGGGCGGAGAACCUCAAUCCGGACCCGGAGACCGAAAGGAACAAGGUCGGUCCCAGCCCGAGCCCUGACGACUCUGACUCUUGCGACGACUCUGACACCGACAACGACUCUGACCGCUCCAGCGACGACGACGACUCAGGCACUUUAGUUCCGGGUCCUGGUUUUGUCCUGGUGGUGCCCAACGACGAAGCGGUCGCCGCAGAACCGCCACAACUAAGACGGAAUCCUUUAAGGAUGACAGAAUAUCUCCAACUCAGCCUGGAGGAGGCAUUCUUCCUAGUCUACGCCCUGGGCUGCCUUUCUGUCCACCUGGAGCAGGAGCCGCUGUCCAUCACGCAUCUCUGGAGGCACUUUAUCUCACUGCGUCCGGACUUUGUCAGCUCCUACGCGGCCUACCACCACUUUCGCAGCAGGGGCUGGGUCCCCAAAGGAGGGAGUGGUGCAAAAUACGGAGUGGACAUGGUCUUAUACAGGAAAGGUCCUCCUUUCUACCACUCCAGUUAUUCAGUGGUUGUGGAAAAGGCGGACGAGCGUUUUGAGGGUUCCACACUGCGGCCUUUCUCCUGGCGUUCUCUGGCCACCCUAAGCAGAAUCACCGCUACCGUCUCAAAGGAGCUCCUCCUGUGUUACGUUGUCCAUCCGGUCGAUUUAACGGAAGCUGAACUGGCCUCGCCAGAGUGUCUGAGCCGGCUGAAGAUUCAGGAGGUGGUGGUCAGCAGGUGGGUGUCUUCCAAAGAACGGGCCGAGCAUGAAGACAUCUGAUAAGCUGACGGAGAGCUACGUUGCUGUGAAGUUUCUACGACCGUAAUACGUUUCAUUCACUGACAGCCCACCAAUUUCAAAUGGAUUGGACUUCUACCAAUCUGUUAAUGGCAGCCAAUGAGUUAAAUCAGUGUCUGACAAUGAGCAAUGACUUUACAUUCGUGUGAGUAUUCACAACUUUAGUAUUAAGAAAAAUAUACUAUAUGUACAAGUGUAUAUAUAUAUUUUUUUCAACGUUGUAUUAGGGAUGAACCCGGUCAGAUCACGUGAUUGGAAAUCUGGCCCGAUGACAUCACUUUCAGGUAUUUUUUCUGCUGGGAAAAAAAACUGCGCUAAUUUUUACUCAAAACACCAGGACAAAGUGCAAUUUUUUUGGUCGGGGAUAUUUCAUGCUUUUAUUGUUUGUUUUUAAUUUUAAUGUGUUUUGAUAAGAAAUGAUCACUUACGUUUGUCUUUUUGAAAAACUAAAUUCAGUGUAUUUUCUGGUUUACAGACAUGAACGUGUCAUGUCCUUCUGCAGUAUGCUCAGGUCUGAAGGGAUUAAUUUUUUAUUUUUUUUUUAAGUAUUAACUCAUUGGUUGCUAUUAAUGGUGAUAUACAUCCAAGCCAUUUUGACUGGGAAGGCUCAGCCCUCCACUCAAAUUGGUUUGGAUGUCUAUCGCCAUCAAUGGCAGUGAAACAUGAUCGUUCAAUGCCAGCCUUCUCAGUUGAAAUGGAUUUGAUUUUGGCUACAUCCUGUAAUUUUCAGACUAUAAGAUGCUACUUUUUCCCCUCAUUUUGAAUCCUAUGGCUUAUAGUCCAGUGUGUCUUAUUUGUUGAUUUAUUUUGGUUACUGGGUAACUUUUUAUUUGACAGCGGCGUCAUUAGACUGUCAUAAGGAGGCCUGUCGCGAUAACAAAUUUUAGUAGGUGAUAUAUUGUGUCGUAUAUUAUUGCCGAUAUACGAUAUUGUCAAUUUCUUUAACCAGUUCAACCAAUAGUGUGACUAUACAUCCUAAUAAAUUAGCUAUUGAAAUGCAAUGAAUUGUUAUUCUUAAACGUAAACUAUAUUUUUUUUAAAAAGCCAAAUUAUUCAUUACUAAUCAGAUUUUUUAUAAUGGGUGUGAUUUUAAAGCUAUUCUGACUUUAGAAUCUGAAGUAUGUGAGAUUAAGAAAUCUUUACUUACAUGUUGAACAUGACGUGCUUUUCAUAUCAAAUCAAAUUUAUUUCAAUAGUGAAAUGUUCACUGGAAGUAAGCCACUGACCGUAACCUUGACACUCGGUAAAAAAAAAAUUACUCAAGAAACCCCCCCCCAAAAAAAGUGCAUUUCUAUUUUUGUCAUGCCUACAAACAUGCAAAACAGCGGGUUUUCACGUUUGAGGUGUCACCAUUUAACCACAAGUUUGCGUUUAGGACAAGACUGUCAAUGUUUUAUAGCAGGCUAAAGUGGCUAGAAGAUGGUCUUUUUUCCCCCCAUUAGCCUCAAUGUAGCAAUGCUAACGUUUUACAAUGUUUAAUAUAGAUGUAUUUUCUUAGUUUUUAUGUCUGAACUAAUUCUACAGUGUUGAUGACCAAUAAACAUCUGUGAACAGAAAUGGAGUCAACACGAACAUGUGCCGAGUGCACGCUACACACGCAAGCAGCGAUAAAUUGCAGCCGGGAAAUCUCACUUUUGAAUGGAUGUAAAAGAUCCGAGUUGGACAUAAAUGGAGUGAGUGACAAAAUUUGCUGGAUGACACUUAAUGACAUCUGUCAUAAGCAUUCACGAAUGCCCAUGACAGUGUCAUGUCAUAAUUAUGACCGUCUUAUGACGUCGCUGUCAAAUUAGGUAUUACCCGUUAAUAUCUUUCAGUGUAAAUAUCCCAUAAUACAGUCAGGAGAGCUGCGUCAUAUAGUCUGGUGCGGUUUAUAAACAAAUGCCAAUUUCGUGUCAAAUUUAGUGGGUGGUGGCCUAUAGUCAGGUGCGGCUUAUAUUCUGAAAAUUACGGUAUGUAUAUACUGUGUAUAUAAUAGCGGAUAUAUAUGCUCACAGUACAUAUUAUACUACAGUAUAUAUAACUAACUACUGAAACUUUGCAGAACAAAUAAAAUGUUUAUUUGCAACCUCAUUUUGUGCUGCACAA